AUGCACCGUAGCACCACCCCCUCUGCGUCCUGCGUCUCCUCAUCAGCAGCAGCAGCAGCAGCAGCAGUAGCAGUAGCAGUAGUAGCAGUAGCAGUAGCAGCAGUAGCAGUAGUAGUAGCAGCAGUAGCAGCAGCAAUAGCAGUUGUAAUAGCAGCAGCAGUAGUAGCAGCAGUAGCAGAAGCAGCAGUAGAAGCAGUAAAAGCAGCAGCACUAGCAGCAGUGGCAGCAGCGGCAGUAGCAGCAUCAGCCCCUGCGGCCACAGCAGCAGCAACAGCAGCAGCAGGAACAUCCCCGUCCCUUUCUUCCUGCGUUUCAUAG